AUGGUUCUUAAUACACUUUCUCUGACAUAUUGCUUUAUUAUCAUGAUUUUUGGUUUUAACUAUGCUCUUGAAAACCCGGAUAUUAAAGUUUACUGCAAUGUCCCAGAACAAAUUGGAGGCGAAAUACGUAGUUUUGCUUAUUACGAGUUUACUUUGGUUACUUUCGUUACUAUUAUUAAUUAUAUCGUUGUUGGAAUUAUUAUAAAAUUAUAUCAAAACGGAGAAUCAAACAUUCAACAACUUCAAACCAAGCGGAUCUACAGAUCACUUAUUAUAAUAUUAUUUGUCAUAGUUUUCUUGAAUUUAAAUGGAGUGUGUUUCACUAAAUUUAUUAUUCCGUUAAUAACAAAUGAUCCAGAAAUGAUAUUAUUUUAUGUUCGUCUAUUUGCUCAGUUAAUACCGAUCUCUGGUGCAAUAAAUGCACCAGUUUUGUAUUUUUGCAGGUAA